AUGUCUGGCCUGCGGCGGACCCCUGUGCUAGCCAGAUUAUCCUGGGCUAAAACAUCAAAAGACCCUAGGAUUGCUGCAGGUCAACAGUCCCCACUGGAGAAAAAGAUCUUGACUCUAGGUGGCAUGCAUACAACAGCAGCGAGAUACUUGAUAACUCAGAAACAUCAAGAGGAGUAUGAAACACUCUGUAGAGAGCAGGCUCGCUCUCUUGAUUACUGGCUUGCCAAAGCAGAGUCCUACUAUAAUAAAAGAAUAAUGGACAUAGUGAAAAAAGAGGCAACAGGCAAUGAAAUUAAGAUGAAAAUGGAAGAGGAAACAGCCCAAAGCGUAGAGGGACAAAAACGUUACUGUGUAGUACCUGAGAGAGAGAAGAAACAUGCCGAAGGCCACACACAUCCAACAGGCCAGGCCAGAGGGUCUAAAAACAUAACAUCUAGACAACCACAGCCGCUCAGUGACACAUUGCCAAAAAUUAUGCCAGAAAAGCAUGGCAUCCAGAAAGCACAAAGAAAGCAGGUAAAUGAGAGAGAACAGAUGCAAAUUAGGGAUCACCAGGAACGCAUGAUUCGAGGGAGAGAACUUAUAGAGCAAAGACUCAAGGAGAGAGUCCUGAGAAAAAGCCAGAGCCAGCCGCCCCCACGUGCCAAGUGUGAGGGAGCACGGAAGGAGACCAGGGAGCUUGAGAGGGUCACUGCAUACCCGCUUUUCCAGCCGAGCAGGAGAAGUCGGAUGCAAGUGACUGUGCUUAUGGAAAAGUCUCAGGCUGGAGAGGAAGUGGGCGCAAUUCUGAAACCACGCGAAAGAAAAUACUUGGCUCUACCCCCCUUUUUGGGACAUCAAAUAAGAAAAUAAAACA